CAGCCAACGUCAGAGUUACAUUUGCACGAGUGAUACGUUCAUCAGGGAUCUGGAUUAUCCCUAAAUAUAAAGAUGUCGGCUGAAGAAUUUGACAGUGAUAUGGAGUAUUCGGACUCUGAUUGCGGCGAUAAUGGUUACGAAGACUAUUACAAUUGUCAACAAUGGGGCAGUGAAACAGACAAUGACGUAGACAGUGAUCACAACAAAAAAGAUCCAGAGUAUGCCAUACACGAUUGCCUGAGAGUUGAAGAAGUUGAACGAUUGCUCAACGAAAAUGUCGAAGUACUCAGCACGAAUUUACACAUAACACCAUCACUGGCUAAAGUUUUACUGCAUACGCACAAUUGGGCCCUACAGGACGUGCUUGCCAAGUAUCGUACAAAUGCUUCCAGUUUGCUAGUUAAUUCUAAAAUAAAACCUCCACAUCCGCCUGAUCCAGCAUCAGCCAUGAAAGCACAGAAAGGUGGACAAUGCUCUGUUUGUAUAACUUAUUAUCCUCCAGAUAAAUUUUCAACUUUAACGUGUGGUCAUGCAUUUUGCAAAGACUGCUGGUGCAUGCAUUUUGAAGUACAGAUAUUGCAAGGAAUUUCCACUGGUAUUGAGUGUAUGGCACAAGGAUGUGGUGUCUUAGUACCAGAAGAUUUCGUUCUUUCAUUAUUAACGAAACCUAACAUGAGAGAUAGAUAUCAAAGCUUUGCAUUUCGUGAUUAUGUUAAGACACAUCCGCAAUUACGUUUCUGUCCAGGGCCUAAUUGUCAAAUAGUCAUGAAGUCUAAAGAACGUCGAGCUAAACGAGUUAUAUGUUUAUCUUGCAAAACUAUUUUCUGUUUCUGCUGCGGAAUGGACUAUCAUGCCCCAACGGAUUGUAAAACAAUAAAAAUGUGGCUGACAAAGUGUGCUGAUGAUUCUGAGACAGCUAAUUAUAUUAGCGCGCAUACCAAAGACUGUCCAAAAUGUCACAUCUGUAUAGAAAAAAAUGGUGGGUGUAAUCACAUGCAGUGUUACAAUUGUAAGCAUGAAUUUUGCUGGAUGUGCCUUGGAGACUGGAAAACUCACGGAAGUGAAUAUUAUGAGUGCUCACGAUACAAAGACAAUCCAAAUAUUGCGCAUGAGAGCUCUCAUGUACAAGCAAGAGAAGCACUGAAAAAAUAUUUGCAUUAUUACGAACGGUGGGAAAAUCACAGCAAAUCUUUAAAACUCGAGGAACAAACUCUAGAAAAUAUUAAAUCACGAAUUAAUAAAAAAGUUAUGAAUGCCAGCGGUACUUGGAUUGAUUGGCAGCAUUUGUAUGGCGCCGCAUCUUUAUUGGCGCGUUGUCGUUAUACUUUACAGUACACAUAUCCAUAUGCGUAUUAUAUGGAACCUGGUCCCCGUAAACAAUUGUUUGAGUAUCAACAAGCCCAAUUGGAAGCUGAAAUUGAAAAUUUAUCAUGGAAAAUAGAACGAGCUGAGACAACAGAUCGUGGUGAUUUAGAAAAUCAAAUGGACAUUGCUGAAAAACGUCGAGUUACACUUCUGAAAGAUUUUCUAGAUGAUGCAGUUGACUUUAAUAACAAGUAUUAUCAAGAAGAUCAAAGAGUUUGAUGACCACAUAGUUUUAAUACUACUGAAAAGAGAAAAGUCAGCUUUUUUUUAAAUGACUUCUGUGUAUUACCCAGUGAGAUUAUUUGUGAAUUAUUUAUAAUGAUGAUAAUUAAUUAACAAUAUAAACUCAUAGGGCGUGUAUCGUUUAAAUAACAAAUUUCAUUUUGUGUAAUGAAAAGUAAACUGAUAAUUAUUGUCGCAAUAAUUUAAGCUUUUCAAUAUGUUCGCAGUAGAAAAAAAAGUUCGUGUUUGUUGAGUGCCAAUAUAAACUGAAUGUCGUUUGUUGAUUUAGAUAGAUUUUUAAAAUUUCACUCUUAAUUAUCUGAUUAUUUUUAUAAUCUUACGUACACGAUGACUUUUUUUUGUUUUUAAACUUAUUAAUUUUACGUUCGAGUUUGGUACUACAAUAAUUACCAAUACAAUACUUAAAAACCGAAAUAGUUAUCGUAAAAAAAAAUAAAUAAUAAUGAUAAUAAUAAUAAUAAUAAUUAUUAUUAUUAUUAUUAUUAUUAUUACAGCAGUUUAAUAUCUUUGUAAUCCCACAUUAUAAGUAUUUUUAAGAGUAAGAUAAAAAUAUAAAAAUAAUAAUAUUGCAUAGGAUUUCAUUAGAUAAAACUAUUAGAUUUGGUAAACAAUUGUUAUCUUAGCGAUAAUUAUGUAAAUACAAUUGUGAAACUACUCAUAAAAAAGAAACUAUCUCACUUUUUGUAAUAGCCAUUUUAAGGUUUUUCGAACGGAACAAUUACAAAAGUUAUUAGUUUUUUUCGUAAUUUAAUUAAACAAUUAUUAAUUAUCAAUUAUCAUGAAGCUAGUUAAGUAAAGUAAUGAUUUUAAAUUUUACUUUAGAUCUAUAGCUAUUAUUUAUACUUAUGUACAAGUA